CAUACCGAACCCAUUAUUAAUAGGUCUACUUGGGUUUGGGUAUAAUUACCCAUGGGUGGGUAAUUUGCCAUCCCUAGUUCCUACAAAGAAUCAUACGUCUGGUCUGAUCAAGAGUUAGCUUAUGGAAAUGUUUGAGCAUUGGACCACAACUGUAAUUUUACUAUAAGCCUUUUCGUAAAAUUAAAUUAUUAAAGCGGGGAUAGCUCAGUUGGGAGAGCGUCAGACUGAAGAUCUGAAGGUCGUGUGUUCGAUCCACGCUCACCGCAUUAUUUUAUUUUUGUCACCACCCGCUAUUGGGCCCAGUGCUGGGCUUUCCCCCUCCAUCAACCAGAUCAACCGAGAACUAAAAUUUGGGCCCACAGCUGAGAUUUCCCCUCUUCUUCCCGAACACGCACACGUUUCAGCCCAAAUCAUUCGAUCAAAUGAGCUAUUACAACUUGCUAAGUAAUUAAUCAACCAGACUUCCUUGAUCCUUCUCCGUCUCCCCUUAGAAUAAUUAGAAUUCCGUUUCCUAAUCCUAGUAGUAGUCCACUAAUUACUUCUCCCCUCUCUCCCUCAGUUUUUAUCUUCCCACCUUCGCCGCAUCCCGCUAAAUACGGUAUCCUUCAACAACAACAACAACCAGACGACUCUUGCUGUCAAAAGAAACUUUUUCACUGCGCCUGUUGACGAACGGUCUUUCUCUCGUCGAAGCGAAUCGAUCCCUCUCAAUAAUGCUGCGGCUAAGCGUUUCAUGGGAUCGAAGGAAGCAGAGCGGCCAGGUUGAUUUCAACGCUGGCUUCACCGCGCCGCCGGCACACCUCGCGAUCCUCUGCAUCGCUUCGGCGGCCGCCGGUCUCGCCGCCGCCCUCCUCGCCGGGAGAAGGCUGCUGUGGGCGCUGGAGCUCACUAUUCUAUCCGAUGUUGGCAACAUGUUCACCCUCUCCGUUUUGCUCCCUACCCUAACUAAAAAGGUGAAGGAGAGCAAGCUAUCGGUGACGUCUACGCCGGAGAAGUACAACGUGAGCCUGGUGGCGCCGGACGUGGCGUGGCAGUACAUUGUCUUGCUGUCGGCGAUGACGUUGGGAGCGGCGUGGAACGCUGCGAUCGUUGACGGGUCGCGCUCGUCGCUGGCUCUGGUGUACUACAUCGCGUCGUUGAGAUCGUUCGUAGCUAUGGUUCGGCUGGGGCUUCCUCAAUCCGUCGCCGACUCCAAGAGUUCCAAAGUCGUCGCCAGCCUCGUUGGUCUUCACGUGACCCAGAUCAUCGGCGAAACUUUAUUGGGAACCGGUGCGGUUGGUCACGACCAAGAGGAGAUCGACGGUUUAAAUGAAUCAUCGACUGACGGUGAAGAUAGAAGAUCAAAACAUGAUGAGUACAUGAAAGUGAAUGAUUACGAUGAUGUGCAGGAGACUGAUGGUUUGGUCUCAUCGUUGACCGAAGAUGAAAUGAGAGGAACGAGGGUCGUCGAUGAUCAGGAAGAAACCAACGAGGAGGAAGUGGACGGUCGUGAUCAUGCAAAGAACGGGACUGGAGCUGAUCAUGGAUCAACGGUUGAUGAUGGAGGCGCACAGUUAGAUGGAUGGGACUGGGAACACGUAAUGAUCAUCGACGGAUGUAAAUGAGCUAAAUGGCUGGAAUGUUAGAGAAGGAGCCAUAGUUAUUGAGUCAGGCUAUUUUUCUUUGAUAACACUACUAGUUUUUUGGAGUUGGACAAGAGCUACAUUAGGAGACAGGAACUUGCACUGAUUUUUUUUCAAGUCUUGUGUUGUUUCUUCUUCUCGGGUGCUCUAUUGGAUGUAACUUUGUUAAGUUUAAAUCUCCACAAACGUACUGUUUCAACAAUGAAAUUCUCGGGUUCUGAUUUUAACGUUGAAGAUUUGUAGAAUGACGAGAGCAAUUCCAUCAUCUACAUUUCACCGGCCAACAUUAGUUUUAUUGUAAAGAGAUCGUGGAAAGGAAAUGCAGUGAGAUUGAUCGAGAGUUUAGAGAGACAAGUGAUAUGUUACGAUGAGUGGAGAAGGAUACAUCUUUUAUCUGGAAUGCCUAAUAGUCUAUUUAUAGGCAAAUACUUGUGUUUCUCUUUUUGACUUUGAUAGGAUCUUCAAGAUGUUCCGUGUCUGAGCUCGUAUGUGCUCUGAGGAUCGUAGUUUUGGUUUGGAUCGAGUUAUGUUGCACUUACGAGUGCAACAUGCACGACUCGAUGAGACCUCAUUUUAGUUUAUUUGAUUGAGUAAGAGGAUGUUUGAUCGGAUGUAUUUGGGAGUAUGUAAUCAAUAACUAAGUGAAUAUAAUUAAAAACAAUAAUAUCAUUUGUUUGUGUAAGUUAUAGUGGAAUUGAAUGCAAUUUCAAUUGAAAGAAAUAUCUUAGAUUGCA